AUGCGCAGAUCGUUCCUUUCUUUUCCAACAAACACAACAACACAAAGAUGUCGAGUGCUGCUCCAAGUCGUCCUCCUCCUCCGAUCCCCAGGCCAGGGCAAGUACAAGUUGUUCGAGCUUGCUACAACUACACAGCAUCCCAGCCUGACGAACUAAGCUUUGAAGAAGGUGAUAUUCUGUACAUUCUUGACAAAGGAGACGGGCAGUGGUGGAAAGCUAAAGUAGGCAAGAAAACUGGACUUAUUCCUUCAAAUUAUGUUGAAGAACACACAGAAUCAGUUGAAAACCCCCUUCAUGAAGCAGCAAAAAGAGGUAAUAUUGGAUUUAUGCAGGAGUGUCUUCAAAACAAAGUAUCUGUCAAUGGACUGGAUAAAUCAGGUUCAACCCCAUUGCACUGGGCAGCGCAAGGGGGACACACAGAAUGUGCAAAAAUGUUACUUAGUCAACCCAGAGUACAAGUAAAUGUACAGAAUAAAUUAGGAGAUACUCCCCUUCAUUCUGCUUCAUGGAAAGGCCAUGCUGAUAUUGUAGAACUUCUUUUAGAAAAAGGUGCAAAGACAGAUAUAAAGAAUAAUGAUAAAAAGUUGCCAUAUGACUUGGCAAGAGAUGCUGAUGUUGGUAAACUCUUACGAGGCAGUGCAGGUGAGGCAGCAAAUGAUUAUGGUGAGGAUGAGGACUCAGAUUAACCUGGGUAUUUUAUAUCUCCUAGAUCAUAGCUAUGUAAAAAGAAACAUUAACUUUGAUAUAGCCAAUGUGCAUGAGCACAAAUUUUUUAUUACAAAAAACAUGUUGGAAGCAUGUUGGGAAACUGGGUACUGAGGCUAUAGGCUAGACUACUCUAAAAAAAAAUUCCUUUACAGUUGAUUUCAUAAAACUUCGGCCACUCCGUGUCUGAAGUUUGUUCGCAAGUUCACUACUUUGUAAUCGAUUUCACUAUGAAGUUCCGGCAGUUGUGGGCAAUCUUUCAAACUGAUAAUGCAGUAGCUUCUAAAACUCAUCAAAUCUACCGUUCAAAUUCAAUUUUCAAAGUAAAUUUUAUUGCGACAAAAGGAAUUUGACUCUGUACGUUGUCUGGAAUACAAUUUUCAGAAAGUAUAUGGCUUAGAGAAGCAAUUCCAGUAUAUAUUUGAAUUCUAGACAUAAACAAGUCACGGCUGAUUGAACCAAUUUCACAAUAAUUGGGGUUUGCAAGUUCGGGACCAACUUGGAGAACUUGGGAACUAACUUCGGAAUUACAGCGGCCGAAGUUUUGUGAAACCAACUGUAAUGUAUUCAAUAGAAAUGUACUGUAAGUAUUAAAACAAACAAAAAUAACAGAGUAUUUUUUAGAUAGUUCCUUUUAUUUCCCUGUUCCAUUUUUCAGUACUGGGUUUUCAAGAGUGCUUUGUGAGAUUUCAUUCACAUGAUUGCAUUAGCUUAUAGUUGUCAGGGGCAGACCCAGGAGUGGUAAGGGGGGGGCAAUAUAUUAUCCUCAGUAAGCCACCCUUUUCCUCACAUACCUGUUAGAACCUUUGUAAUAGUCACCCCCCCUGCAAAAAUUCCUGGAUCCACCUUCCUGGUUGUGUGCACUUGAACACUUUUGUUCACCUACUUUGUGAAUGGUUUUCUUCAUAGUCUUUCAAACAUAUAUAACUUUAAGCUGUAAAACUUUAAUUUUUCUAAUGUUAAAAAUAAGUAAACUAAAAUGUACAUUAUUUUUUAUAGUAUGAUAAUGAUAAAUCUAGUGACAUUAAGAUAAUAUCCAUUUACACUUAUGAAGGUAUAGUUUAUUAUAAAAAACGCUACACAUAAAAGAUGUUAAUAUGAUUACAUGAUAAUAGUUCUUUCUUGAAAACCAACUUUAAUAAUUUAUGAAGAAAUUGUUAAAAUAGACAAUUGCCAUAAUACUUUAUAAAAGAGCUAUUCUAAAUCUUGGGUUCUGAUUGGUUGCGAGCAUGUGCUUUAUGACAGCACACAGCACGCUCGUGCACAUUUUAUAAGAGAAAUAAAGAACUGUGUGGAGUUAUAAAGCACUUGGGGAUUGGCAGAACACUUGAGAAGUGCAGAGAAGCACUCCGCUACGUGUUGUGCUUCUCCUAACACUUCUCUCAUGUUCUGCCAACCCUUGCAUGCUCUAUAACUGCACACAGCAGGCGUGCACAUUUUCUAUUUCUUUAACAGAUCUCACUGCACUGUGUCAGCGCAUCAAAAAUUUGUACUGCUACCACGCCCACUUUUGUCUCCAUGAGGAAGACUAAUGCAACUCAAAAACGGAGGUAAAUAUAUUUGAAAUCCAGAGACUGAAAACAAAGUGGGCUUCACAGCAGACAAAAUAAUGUGGGCAAGGUAGCGGUACGAAUUUUUGAUGUUCUGUCACAGUUCGGUGGGAUCCAUAGUAUCCAUGUUGUGCUGUUUUAUACAAUAAUUUUAUAUUUGAUUUGUUAAGUAUCUAUAUAUUGUAAUACAGAUAAAAUUUUAAAAAAAUU